AUGACUUCUUGUUUCUUUGAAUCUUUCCCCACAGAUGCAUUGGACGCGAUGCUGCAAACAAACCUGUGUGGCACCCUGCACCUCACAAAGCGCUUUUUGCCAGAGCUCUUCAAGCAAAAGAAAGCCCAUGUGGUGAAUAUAUCGUCAAUCACCUCGAAGCUCCCCGUCCCAUACAGCAGCAUCUACGCCGCGACGAAGGCGGCGCUGAGCAGUUUUACGCUGUCUCUUCGCCUAGAGAUGCUGGUGGAGCAGAGCCCCGUGACAGUUCAUUGCGUGAGCCCCGGUCUUGCUAAAGACACAGGGCUGGCAGAGCGGGCUUGCCAGAACACUGGAACCACCAUUGAGGAGAGUGGUAAAAAUGUAGGCUACACGACGCCGGAAGAAGUGGCACGAGCUGUUGUGCGAGCCAUUCAGUAUGAUGAGGCCGAGGUUGUGGUGAACUCGAAUCGACUGCAGCUUCUGUUUGCCCUUGCCGCCUUCUUCCCGAGCUUCUGGGAGAUCGC